GUUAAACAAGGAUAAGGAAUCCUGAAUUUUUUUUUUCAGUUACUAUUAUUAGACCUGCAGUGAACUGCAGAACAGGCUAGCACUUAACGUCGCCAUGUUGGCACGCAUGUCUUCUGUUGGUUCCCUGUAGGGGGAAGUGGUCAGCUGGUCACCACAUCCUGCUGGCACGGAUAUUCGCAUUUUGGUUCGCACGCCCCUCACACAGACUGGACAUAUUCUAGCCCUCACUGCUCCAUGCCAAACUUCCUCGUUGUCUCUCCCUUUCCUUCUUUCAUCUGUCAUUUUUAUACCAACACAAUCGUCUGUUUUCUGCAGCAUGAAAAAUGACUCAUUUAGCCUCCGCUCUCAUGACUACCAACACUUCCAAUGUUCCUGAUUCUGCCAACCACAAAUACAAAAUCCGAUCUCGUAUAAAUCCACUUUCAUUUCAAAUGUGGAUGGGGGAGUAACCUUCUCAUAUCGUUCGAUGUGUGCGCCCUCCUUUUCAAUUUUUGAGAGUAUUCCUAGCCUAAUCCAUGCGUGCUACAUUCCCCGCGCAUCCUAAUAACACUUGGCGAAGAUACAGAUUAUGAAGCUUUUCGUUAUAUAAAUCACCCCAGUCUACAUAAUAUGUAAAAAAAAUAUUACACUAAUACGCCAACGAUGAGAAACAUGGCGACGUAUAUAAACAAGAUUUAUUUCAAUUUACAUUUUAACUUGCUGGCCCAGCAGCUACUGGAGAAAAUUACGUCGUAAGUAAUUGGGGGGGGGGAGAUAAAUGCAAAUGCAAAGACAAUUUAUCUAUAAAAUGAAGACAGUAAAGGUAGAAAAUAUACUGUAUUUAUCGGUCGACCUUUUUGAAUAUAAGGACGUACGAAGGACUUUGAUUCUGUAUUCUGUAAUAGCGACCGUUUGGAAACAACAUAUCAGUGACUAACGGUGAGUGACGAUAAUUAGGUGUUACCAAACCUAACUCAGCGUUCUAUGCCACGUGGGGCCGUGUCCGACCUGUGCCUCACGUGUCUCUGUGAGGCUGCCUCCCAGUGCGACCUCAAGUUCCGCUGUGACCACGACGUCUGCGGGCCUUUCAAGAUCAUCAGAGACUACUGGAUAGAUGGGGGGAGCCUCGGUGGAGGAGGCUGGGAGACCUGCGCAAUGGAUACACAGUGCGCAGUGAAUACUGUUCGCGGAUACAUGAGCAAAUACAAGAAGGACUGUGACGGAGACGGCGAGGUGGACUGCCAGGACUACGCGCGGAUGCACAAGUUGGGUGGUGUCGGCUGCGUCAACGAGCCAGGCGAAGACUUCCUCAAGUUCAAAAGGGACCUUGACACUUGUCUCGCGGAAGUCAACACUUCGAUGAACAGUAUUAUGUAUGCAGCCAACUUUACGUUCGAGGCGAACUAAAACCUCCUUCAUUCUUUUACUUUACUCCUUAUCUGGAGGCGACGUCUGUCCGUACGUCCACUUCUGAGUGUCGUGGAACGAAAAGGGUUUCAUUUCUACUAUAACUGGAUGGUUACGCAAUAAGCCGAAAUAUAAGCACAGUCCUUUGUUUAGUACUCAGUGUAACUCAUAUGAUGUAAAGACCUACAUAACCUCGUUCUGAAGUUUGAACACGUUGCAAGUCGAUGACAAAGAAAGUCGAUAAAUGCCACUGGACUACUUCACAAACUUGACAGUUUAAAUCUCCGA